CAAUUUGAAACGGAAACGGAAGAUCAGGAUUUACACAGUCUGGAAAAAAUACAAACUUGCAUAGCAAUGCAAGCUAGUUAGCUAAUAAUUCCAGGAAAUAUGUAACGUUAGCUAUCCGAUUAAGGAACUGCAUGUGUGCGAUCGUUUUGUGGUCUACAUUCCGCGGUAUCCUUCCCGUGCUGAUGCGUGUGUUCGGUGUAUCAACGGUGUGAAGGUACCUACAGCUGGGUUUUCUGUGGUUACAGUGGCUCGAUGAGAUGCAGACAUGAGAGGUUAUUGGCUGAGGCGGAAUUCAAGACUGGGAUAAGUUUAAAGUAAACGUGAUUUUUAACAUAUGUAAAAGCUUUUAUUCUCAACCCAGAUCAGUUCUAGCUAUCACGGUAUUUGAAGAACCAUCUCUUAAGUUUGCUGGUAAGCGUACACACUAGUCAUCCCUGGCCAUACUUCCCGACAUUAUGGUGGACAACCGUUAUGCCACGGCUCUUGUGAUUGGGUCGGUGCUUAGCCUGCUGGCCUGCGUAUACCUGUCGGCAGCGGUGGGCACGCAGCACUGGUAUCAGUACCACAGCCUGCCUAUCAGGCACGAUGCCAGCAAUGCCUCUGAGCUGCGGACCUUACGGGAGGAAUUCCGCGGAGAGGAGAUGGAUGAGAAGACGUACAGUGACCCUCUCUUUCGUCUCAAUGGAACAUUGGGUCUUUGGUGGCGCUGUGUUCUCGUGCCUGACCCUGCCCGUUCCCACUGGUAUCAGGAACCAGAACCCAAAAUGGUGACUGAGUGCGUGAGUUUUACUCUGCCGCAGCAGUUUGAGGCCAAGUACAAAGAACCAGGGAACCACAACUCGGGAGAGGACCUCAUCCGUACUUAUCUAUGGAGGUGCCAGUUCCUGUUGCCUCUGGUGUCUUUAGGGCUGGUGUUCUUAAGUGGCCUCAUUGGAGUCUGUGCCUGCCUCUGUCGCAGCCUUACCCCCACAUCAGUUGUUGGAGUGCUCCAUCUGUUGGCAGGCCUGUGCUCCCUAGCAACAGUGUGCUGUUUCCUUGCGGGUAUGGACCUGCUGCACCGUGUCUCUGUGCUGCCCGAGGGUCUGGACCGCUCUCUGGGCUGGUCGCUCUACCUGGCACUCAUCUCCUCGCCUCUCCAGAUGAUGGCCGCUGCCCUCUUCUUGUGGGCUGCCUGCAGCCACCGAAAGAAUUACACACGCAUGACCGCUUACCGGGUUGCCUAGGCGACAAUCAGCAACCUGCCCUGACCACGCCCCUUAGUAGGGCUGGGUUUGUCAGCUGUCUUUCUGGAAGAGCUUCUCUCCACAACUAGUCACUCUGGGGUUACUGAUGAUGCUAACAGCUGUAAGCCUAGACUAUGUUAUUCUGCCAGCCCUGAAUUCUUCAACUUUUUGAAACCUUGCCAUUAGUCUUUCAUCCCUUUUAUUCUGACCAGCUGUUGUUUUCACUUAAUCAAUGAAAUGGUUAAUUUAUGAACUGUAAUUAGGGGUAAAAUAGGUUCUCUCGACUGUGUUUGCAGGGAUACAGUUCGUUUACUUGGACGAGCUACAGGGUGAUUGAUGGUUCUCGGGUUUGUGACUAAAAUAUAGCCCAAGAGCUCUGCACAUCUAUGCGGUUUGUUCAGCAGUAAGCCUUUUAAGCAGUUUUAAGUUUUACUGUUGCUAGGGAACAUCAUGCUCCCUUGAUUCCUUCAGUAGUUGAUUUAGCCAUGAACAACCAGUGGAAAGUGUCCCCUUAAUACCACCAGCAAGGAAACCAUGCAAGCAAAAGCAUACCGAUGCCAUUAAGGUGUUUCAAAUUUUGCUCCAUCAUUUUCAACACCAAGACAGAUGGAACAGUUAAUCCUAAAUUGGGGAUGAAUACCUGCAAUAUAGUGGUGCUAUUGGGGCAUGCUCCUCAGAGUCUCCCAGUCAAUUACAUUAUUGUAACACUGCUGGAAUAGGACUGCCCAAGAACAGAUGAAAGCACACCUGAAGUCACUUCUAGUUGUAGCAUGUUAUGUACCUGAGUUGAUUCAUAAUUGUUUGGUGGAAUAUUAAACCUGUGUUUUGUGUGUGUGUGUGUGUGUGUUCCUGUUUCUCAAGUAUGUUUCUUUUAUUUUGCGUUGUAUUCUUUUGUGUGUAUUUUUCCCCAACAUGUGCUUUCAUACCCUUACAGGGAUAAAAUGCAGUAACAUUGGCCUUCUCAUUUUGAAAAAAAGUGAAAGAUUAUGCAGAUGAAUCGUUUCAGCCUUGAUGUAUUUGUUUACUGCUGUAUUUGUUUCCAUUAUAUUUUUUUGUCUUUUUUUUUAAACUUUUUUGUUUAACAUCUCUGUGGUCUUGAAGCACUGCUUGCUUGAUUUUGUCAUGUGGUUAAUAUUUCAGACAUUGUGGUCAAACUUGUAAAUUGAAUGUCUAGAAGUGGACUUGCAGCACACCACUCUCUAUGAUAAUGUUAUCAUUAUUUAUUGAGGUUAUAUAUUUCCAGCUGUGCCACUCCAGUUAACCUGUGUCUUUUGGGUCUUUUUGUGAGAUCUCCACUUGGUUUUGUAAAUGUGAGUGUUUUCAUCGGUCCAGACUGUUGUAAAUGUGGUUGAAAGCCUGAGUGAACUUUGGAAAUGUAGACAGAAAAAUCAGAUUUCUUCCAAGUGCUGACAAUACACUAAAAUAGGUUUCACAGAUACCUCAGUUCAAAGAGUUCACAUAUAUAUCUGAAUAGUGGGUUUUUCUACAUGUUUUUAUACUUGUUGAUCUUAAAUGAACACUGCUGUUUGUAAUAAAUACCAGGCUUGCAGUGAUUCUCAAA